UUUUCCCAAUAUUAAACCUUGGGGGAGGGAUCCUCGAGUGUUGUCGCACAACUACGGUAGACUGCAGACUGUACUUUCCGACUUGUGCUGUUUGAGUUCGGCAGCGGAGGUUCUUCACGAGGAUACUCAAAAUAGCCUUCAAAGGCGAUUAAGUAUGACGGAUACUGACAGAGGGCUGCGUGGGGCUGCACGUAAAGAUGAGGAUUCAUCCGGUGUGGGUGCUGGGCGCUUGCCAGACUGGGUGAAGUGAGAACAGAGAGGGAAACCUGCUGACAAAAAAACCACCACCCGGGACUGCUGGGGAGGACCUCUGUGCAGGUUCACACGGCCGUCGGCAGGGUGGAGCUUCCUGACCCAUGGAGAAUUACUUCCAGGCCGAGGCCUUUAACCUGGAUAAGGUGCUGGACGAGUUUGAGCAGAACGAAGAUGAGACCGACAAUCCUAUUCUCUCGGAUGCAAAGUGGACUCAGAUCCUGGCCCCGCCAGCCCACCUGCUCUCUCUGAACCCUGCCCUGGCCCACGCAGACCUCAGUCUGCAGGAAAGUCCGCUGCCCUUCAAAACUCCCCCAGACUCCUUGUCGAGCGACUCCCUGGGGAGCAAUCCUAAAAGACAUCCCAGUCCCGAACCUCCACCCUGGGUGGAGGAGAGGCCGGGAGACGUCCACAGCCCACCCCUACUCCAGCCCAACAUCGGCAAACUGGUGGGCACAGACGACCUCUCGCCGCCCCCUGUGACGGCCUGUACUGCUGUGGAGAAUGGCUGCCCUGCCAGCCCACAACUGGAUGGGCUCAGCAAGGAGACACAUUCUCCUCCAGACAACCUGCCCGGUGCUUCUGACCAGGAGGCUAAACCUCAUCAGGAGGAGAGAGCUGCCUCGGCAGGAGGAGGAGGCGCCGCUGUCAAUCACACUCACUUUACCUUUGAGGUAAAAUUAGGACACGAAGAUGAAACUUUGUCUCUGAAAAUUCAUCCAAAUGUACAACUAACAACACCAAAUGGGGGACAUGUCACAGAGGGGGCCAGUGCUGCUGUUCUGCAGGACAUUGAAAAACUCACUGCAAACUUAAAAGAGGAGCAGAUAAAUAUUCUCUUAAAUAGGGGGAGAGAUGUUCAGGUUGGUUGUGAGGUGGAGGUGAAUGGUUUAUCUCCUACGGACAGGGUAAGAGUGGAGGAGAUGGAGAGGAGAUGUGGUCCAGAUGGACAGAUAGACCAACUCCUCAAGAUAUCAAGCCUUCCCAAUGGUUUGGAGAAGGAGAGCGGUAACCAUUCCAAACUUAAGGAGACAGAAGAGGUGGAGGAGGGUUUGUCUCCCUCUCCCGUCCCCUCAAAAGAGGACUCUGUCACUGAGGAGAAAGAAAUGGAGGAAAGCAAGCAAGAGAACAGCGAUGUAGGAGCAGUGGGGUCAGGUAGCCUCCAGCCAAAACUCCACAACAAUCGGCUGCAGCCGGUUAGUGUACCGUACGGAGGUGCACGACCAAAGCAGCCGGUCAGCCUCAAGCUCCAAAUCCCACAGCCGUUGUCGGGUCAGGUCCAAAAUCAGCUUGGCCCAGCCGCCAUCAGCAGGAACAAAAACCAGGAGAACCAGUGUCGGAGAAGUACGCCCUCUGAAACUACACCCAAUGGAUUUGAUCAGAGUGCAGUCGGGGUGAACGGGGAUGGUGUUGUCCACUCUCCUCCCCCGAUGCCCUCGGAGAGCCCAGACAAUGACCUUCAAGCAGGCCAACAGGGCACUCUGUGCAGGAAACCUGUCACCUCCUUGGGGGAAGUUGCCCCUGUGUGGGUGCCUGACUCCCAGGCUCCUGUCUGUAUGAAAUGUGAUGUCAAGUUCACCUUCACCAAGAGGAGGCACCACUGCAGGGCCUGCGGCAAGGUGUUCUGUGCGACGUGCUGCAGCCUGAAGUGCCGGCUCGUGUACAUGGACAGGAAAGAGGCUCGCGUCUGUGUCACCUGUCAUUCUGCUCUAACCAGUGCUCAAUCAUGGGAGACGCCGGCCACUGGAAGCAACCAGAGUCCGAACCCCAACAACCCAGCAGAGUACUGCUCCACCAUCCCCCCCCUGCAGCAGGCCCAGGCCUCUGGGGUGCUCAGCUCCCCUCCUCCUACCGUUAUGGUGCCCGUGGGAGUCCUGAAACCGGCUGGCAACGAGGGGUGCCUGACACGGGAGCAGAGGAGGGUGUGGUUCGCUGAUGGGGUGCUACCCAACGGAGACACCGCAGAGUCCCCCAAACUCCCAACCGCCAGCUCAACCUCGUCACAGUCACUGGCUAUCUCCACAUAUUCAAACAAAUCCUCCACUUCUGAAUCCUCAGAGGCAGCCCAUACCCCCGUUGCCCCAGUGGGCAGCCCCGUGGGCAGCUCCCUCAGUCUGAUCCCGGAGGACGGGCUCCCUCCCAUCCUCAUCUCCACCGGAGUCAAAGGAGGUACGGGAGGCCACAUCACAGACUAUGCAGUGGAGGAGAGGCCGUCAGAGAUCGUCCUUAUGCAGCAGCUGGAGGAGGGAAGUCCAGACCCCCUGGUCUUCGUGCUCAACGCUAACCUGCUUGCCAUGGUCAAGCUUGUCAACUAUGUAAACAGGAAGUGUUGGUACGUGACGACGAAGGGCAUGCACGCCGUUGGCCAGGCAGAGGUGGUCAUUCUGCUCCAGUGUUUACCUGACGAGAAGACCAUACCGAAAGACAUCUUCACCCACUUUGUUCAACUCUACCAGGAGGCCCUCAGUGGCAACGUGCUGAGCCACCUGAGUCACUCAUUCUUCACGCAGAGCUUCCUGGGCAGUAAGGAGCAUGGUGGUUUCCUCUACAUCAGCCCCUCCUUCCAGUCACUGCAGGACCUGCUGCUGCCCAACCCACCUUACCUCUUCGGUAUCCUGAUGCAGAAGUGGGAAACGCCCUGGGCCAAGGUCUUCCCCAUCCGCCUCAUGCUGAGGCUGGGCGCAGAGUACCGAUUUUAUCCGUGUCCUCUGUUCAGUGUUCGCUUCAGAAAACCCCUCUUUGGAGAGACUGGUCACACUAUCAUGAAUCUGCUCGCAGACUUCCGUAACUACCAGUACACGUUGCCGGUGGUGAAGGGUCUGGUUAUGGACAUGGAGGUAAAAAGGACGAGCAUUAAGAUCCCCAGUAAUCGUUACAAUGAGCUGAUGAAGGCAAUGAACAAGUCCAACGAACACGUGCUGGCAAUGGGGGCGUGUUUCAACGACCGGGCCGACUCCCACCUGGUGUGUGUCCAGAACGAUGACGGGAACUACCAAACGCAGGCCAUCAGCAUCCAUCACCAGCCUCGCAAAGUUACUGGAGCCUGCUUCUUUGUAUUCAGUGGUGCUUUGAAAGCGUCGUCGGGCUUCUUGGCCAAAACCAGCAUUGUGGAAGAUGGUGUGAUGAUCCAGAUCACAGCGGAGACCAUGGACUCUUUACGUCAAGCCCUGAGGGACAUGAAGGACUUCACCAUCACAUGCGGUAAAGCGGACCAGGAGGAGAACCAGGAGCUCGUCCACAUCCAGUGGACAGAGGACGACCACGACUUCAACAAGGGCGUCAUUAGUCCCAUUGAUGGGAAGUCUAUGGAGUCGAUCGUCAGUGUGAAGAUCUUCCACGGCUCGGAGUUCAAAGCCAACGGCAAAGUCAUCCGCUGGACGGAGGUGUUUUUCCUCCAGAGUGAAGAUCAACCCAACGGCCUGAGCGACCCGGCUGACCACAGUCGGCUGACGGAGAACGUGGCGAGAGCUUUCUGCGUGGCGCUUUGUCCGCACCUGAAGCUGCUGAAGGAGGACGGCAUGGCCAAACUGGGACUGAGGGUCACACUGGACUCUGACCAGGUGGGUUACCUGGCAGGAAGUAACGGCCAGCCGCUUCUGCCUCAGUACCUGAGCGACCUGGAUAGCGCUCUGAUCCCCGUCAUCCACGGCGGGGCGUGUCAGCUGAGCGAGGGCCCGGUGGUCAUGGAGCUGGUCUUCUACAUUCUGGAGAUCAUCUCCUAGGAGUCUUGGCGGUUUCACCUCCAAACAAAAUAAAUACAUUUACUUUAUCUCCCUUCAA